AUGGUGAUGCCUUCGUACAGACUCAACGUGGUUGGCUUUCUGGCAAGCACUGAGCUCACGAGGGAGGCAAGGAAAGAGGGACAGCCAUCAAGAAAUAUGGGACUUUGGGACCAAAGAGAAGCUUUGGAGUGGACACACAAGAAUAUCUCAUUCUUUGGUGGCAAUCCUUCAAACAUAACGGUUGCUGGAUACUCGGCGGGGGCCUACUCGACUUUCCAACAACUAGCCCACGAGCUUUUUCAGGAACCUCGAGAAAAGGCAAUUAUCAAGAGAGUUGCCAUAUUCUCAAAUAGCCCAGGCGUCAAACCCCAAACUCUGCAGGAUCAGCAGGAGCAGUUCGACGAGUUGCUCACCAAGCUCGGUAUCUCGCUGGAUCUUCCGGCCCAGGCGAAGCUUUCCGAGCUUCGAGACACUCCUUACCAGAGAUUGGUCGAGAUCCAAAGCGAGAUGAAGAUCACAGAGUUCCGUGCACUGGCAGAUGAUGAGUUUUACCCCAAUGAUCUUAUAGAAAGCAUCAACAACGGGCUGUUUGCGAAAGAAAUGAAGGAACGCGGUAUUACACUCUUGAAUGGCGAAUGCGAGGAGGAGCAUACCAUGUAUCGUCGAUGGCGAACACCGCAAGACUCGUACAAUUCGGUGCAUCAACGCUUGUACGCUGAAUAUGGCGCAGACACGACAAAAACCAUUAUGAGCCACUACUGCGGUCCUACAAAAGAGCUACCCACUGGAUACACAAAUUGGAUCGACUUCUUCGGCCGCACGUAUGCUCACAUCCAGGUGCAUUAUCUCGAGCGGGGUUUCCACAAUGCUCUUUUCGAAGGCGGUCUUGUGCCUGGAAAAGACGUUUUGCGGUACCGCUUUGAAAGACGACCCGAGUGCGUUGCGGAGAAGAUACCGCCUGAGUGGGGUGUGACGCAUCUGACCGAUAUACCAGUCCGGUUAUGGGGCUGCGGGUACAAGGAGGGCUUGAGCGAUAAGGAGAAGGGUUGGCUGGAGGGAUGGAACCGGGGUUUUGCGAGGUUUGUUAACGGGGAGAGUGUGGAUUGGGGGACGCAAAAGGCGAGGGAUGUGAGGAGGUGGAGGGGUAAUGGUGGGACGGAUAUUUGGGAGGAUGAGUUGUAG